AUGCAGUCACCACGCAAGUUUUUCAUCCAGAUGUCCGGGGCCCCAGGUGCCGGAAAGAGCACCGUGGCGAACCUGCUGAGUCAAUCGAUCGACGGCGUGGUAGUCAAUCAUGACCUGCUGAAGUCGUUCUUCCUGGGCCACGGCUUCUCGUUCGUUCGCUCGGCCGAGCUGGCGUAUGACCUGGACUGGGUGGUUGCCGAGGAUAUCAUCAAUCAAAGGCGUAGCGUCAUCAUCGACAGCGUGUGCAACCACCAACCGGUCUUGGACAACGGUAUGGCGCUAGCCCGCCGUUACGGCUAUGAGUACAGAUACGUCUGGUGUCAGAUCGGUGAUUUCAGCCUCCUGGACCAAAGGCUGAGGGACAGGACGCCGCUGAGGAGCCAGCGGACCGGCUUGGACAGUCCGCCACCGGACGCGGGCCCCGUUGCGGCCGAGCAGGACCACAUCGCGCUCUUCAAGAAGUGGAGCGAACCGCGUCGUCCAGAUAAGGGCUUUGUCAUAGUGGUAGAUUCGGCACAGGCCCCUGCAGAGAGCGUUGGAUAUAUCCUACGGGAACUUGGACGCAAGAUCGAGGUUAAGAAUGGAGAUUCUGACUAG